AUGGGCCCCUGGGUGGCAACUGGGAAGUGGAAGCAGAUAAGUAAAUACUGUCCCCUCGACCUCUACUCAGGAAAUAAGCAGAGAAUGCACUUUGCCUUGAAGAGCUUGUUACAGGAAGCUCAGAACAACUUAAAGAUAUUUAAGAACGGUGAGCUGAUCUACGGCUGCACAGAUGCCCGCAGCCCCGUGGCUGACUGGAACGAGCUCGCACACCACCUGAAGCCCUUCUUCUUCCCUUCCAACGGCCUGGCCAGCGGGCCCCACUGCACGAGGGCUGUGAUCCGGGAGCUGGUGCGGGUCAUCACGCGGGUGCUGCUGAGCGGCUCGGACAAGGGCUGGGCAGGUGCCCUGAGGCGGGGGCCUGGGCCACGGGGUCCUCGUGUCUGUGAAGCCAGCCCUUUCGGCAGGAGCCUGCACCGCCAAGGAAAAAACAGCCCGGAGUGCUCGGGGUUACCGAAGGGCUGUCUUCUGUACAAAACCCUCCAGGUGCAGAUGUUGGACCUGCUGGACAUCGAAGGCCUCUACCCUCUGUACCGGCGGGUUGAGCGGUACCUGGAGGAGUUUCCUGAGGAGAGAAAAACGUUGCAAAUAGACGGGCCUUAUGAUGAAGCGUUUUAUCAGAAGCUACUUGAUCUUUCCACUGAGGACGAUGGGACAGUGGCCUUUGCACUGACGAAGGUUCAGCAGUACCGGGUGGCCAUGACUGCGAAGGACUGCUCCAUCAUGAUCGCGCUCUCCCCCUGCCUGCAGGACUCCAGCUCCGAUCAAAGGCCUAUCGUCCCUUCGUCGAGAUCCAGGUUUGCUUUCUCCGUGUCUGUGCUGGACCUCGACCUCAAGCCCUAUGAGAGCAUUCCUCACCAGUACAAACUGGACGGCAAGAUAGUCAACUUCUAUUCAAAGACUGUACACGCCAAAGAUGCAGCUGUGAUGUCGACCAGGUUCAAGGAGAGUGAGGACUGCACGUUAGUUCUCCAUAAGGUCUAGGCGCUUCCUGCGGGGUCUUUGAAACUUGAACACAGAAUGUGAAGGUUGAAUGAGAGGGCUCUUUCCCGUUGUGCUGGGUGACCUUUGGCUGUGAAUGUUUUUGCUUUUUAACCCGUGUUCAGGUGGGGCUGCGUCUGGGUGACCCGAAUGGAAGGCCACCAGAAACACCUUCGAGGAUGGGGAGCGCUGGGCGUGAGCGCUGCUGCGUGCGGUGUCCCCUCACCUUCUGCUCUGGGCCGCUCCUCCUCCCCACCCAGGGCUCAUGUCUAAUCUCUGAUGUAAAAGCCUUAAGACCCAAGGUUUGGAUCUCCUACCACCAGACUCUAACAUAGUAAACUUGAAUUGUCGCGUACAUCUUACCGUUUGGACUUGAAGGAAAACAUGGAUACUACUGGAACUCUCCCAGCUGAGUUUUGUGGUCACUGCUUCCGUGCGAGCCACCAGGCAGCACAGGUUUAGUGGGCUCUCUGCUGCAGAGAGCGAUGGGUGGCUGGUGCGGAUGUGGGUCCUGAGCUGCGUGGACUCGGGGUCUCGAGGUGCCACGGCCACCGCUCUGCACAGGGCAGGGUCGUCAGGGAGCACGGGACUCAGGUCAGGGGUGGACGCCACUCACUCGAGCGCUUUCUUUUUAGCUGAAUGAGUUUAUCUCUGACUUGAGGGGAGACGAGGCGUUCCUUGCCACGUGAAGUCGCUGCCGCAGAGCUGGCAUCGGGGCAGCUCUGUGCCAGGCAUUCUGGGUGUUUGGGGAAGUCGCCAGCGUGGCGUGCUCCCACAAGAUGAGCGACUCCUGGCUGCCACCAAGAGGGUUCUCGUUGGGGUCACUGUAGGUGUGCCCGGCUGCUAAGAAAACUGGGGGGAGUCUUGGCUUUGGUUUUUUAUUCUAUGGUGGGUUGUACAGAUUAUUUAUAUCAUUGUUUUGAGGGACUAAUGAAGGUUUAUUGUAACAUAAGAUUAUAAUAGCAAAACCACGGAAUUGUAUGAAAACGCUACGUGAAAAAUAUUUUGCUGAUUGUAAAUUUUUGUGGGGAAUUUUGUGAUAACUUGAGAAUUAUACUUGUUUGAAUCAA